UAUUAUUUGUUUUCUAAACAGUGGGUAUUGCUGUUGCUCUGCUGUAUUAAUUUGAUUGAGGUCUAAAAUGUUAGAUUACAGAAUUUUUGCCUAAAUCCAUAGGUGACAAAUUUAUGAAAUGAAAAAUGUUAUUUUUUCACUUGCUGCCUAAACCAUGACCCCACUCCUGAGUCAGAGUUGUUCAGCUUUAGAGACACUGCUCUUGUUUUAAUUGUUUUUCAGCCCAGGCAAUGUGACUGCAAUUAAACAUGCAUCUGAGGAGAUGUCUGACUUUCUUAAUACAGACAUAACUUUUUAGUACCAUUUUGCAGAACUCGUAACCCCCUGAAGGAUUCAAAAGCUCUUUUAUCCUGCAACUUUCAUUUUUCUAAGUCUGAACUUUUUUAACAGUGCCCAUAACAUUCUUUCUCUUGAGUUACUCCAAUAUUUGCCUUAUAGUUAAUUUCAGAAAGUUAAUGGAAACAUUUCUGAGCCCACAGAUGCUGCUGAAGGUGAAGCUGAGGUUUUGUGAGCACAUGGGAAUUGGCAGGAGUGGGUGGGGAAGGCUUUUGUAGGCUCAGCCUGUGUCCCUUGUCUGGCUGAGUGCUGUGAGAUUCCACACACAGGCACCAAAAAUGCACUUUUAAAGCACAGGCAAGGCAGUGUUUGGGUUGUUUUAAAGCCCAGCACUGUGUUUGGGUUGUUUCUGCAGUUUGUGCUGUCAGGAGAGACACUGAAAGUGUUGAAAGAGGCUGCAAAGGCCAGAGUUCAGCACAGCUCUUCAGCAACCCCAUUUAAAUAUCCAAUUUCUAUAUUAAACCGUGUCCCCUAAUGUGGUUUUUUUGUCCUGGAAGAUAUCUGUAAGUAUCAGAGAUGAAAAUUUAGCACCACAUUCCAGAUUUCCUCUGAUACAUCUCCAGGUUCCCCCAGAAUUUGGCAUUUUGGUGGGGUAUAAAUGUGUUCCCAGUGUGUGUGUGUUACAGCAGGGCUGCAGCCUCUUUUGUUCUGCUCUUGCCCGACUGACCUUGUGAAGUGCAUCCUGUGCUGCUUUUGUUUGUUUGGGACAGGAAGAAGCCACCAGGAUGCCAGCACUGCCUCUGGACGAGCUCCAGCUGACAGAAAGGGAUCCCCAGACAGGGAAGCUGAGAACUCUGCCAGCUCUGCACCCAGAAAUUAAAGCAGAUCGGUCGUUCGUGCUGUACAAGCCCCCUCCUGCCAUCAGAGACCCUGCUCUGGUGGAGGAAUUCCUGGAACGAGCCAAAUUCAUUGCAGAUGACCUGAACUGGCUUCUGGCUCUGCCUCAUGACAAAUUCUGGUGCCAGGUGAUAUUUGAUGAGAGCCUGCAGAAGUGUUUGGAUUCCUACCUGCGCUCUGCCCCUCGCAAGUUCGACGUGCUGUGGGAUUGCCACCCCGAGGUGCAGGAGCUGCAGAAAUGCCUCCAUCGCAGUGUCUUCCUCACCUUCCUCAGGAUGUCCACCCACAAGGAGUCCAAGGAUCAUUUUAUCACUCCUUCUGUCUUUGGAAAAAUUAUUUACAACAACUUCCUGUUUGAUAUCCCCAAGAUUCUGGAUCUCUGUGUCCUUUUUGGGAAAGGAAAUGGGCUCCUGCUCCAGAAGAUGAUUGGAAACAUCUUCACUCAGCAGCCCAGUUACUUCAGUGACCUCGAUGAAACUCUGCCCACUAUCCUCCAGGUGUUCAACAAUAUUUUGCACAAGUGUGGUUUGCAGUGUGAAGGGGCCUCUGCUGAGCCCCAGAAACUGGAAGAGAAAGUCAGUGUGACUGCAGGGAACAUGCCCCUCCAGGAGCUGAAGGACAUUGUGCUGUAUUUAUGUGACACCUGCACAACUCUCUGGGCCUUUCUUGAUGUCUUUCCCUUGGCUUGCCAGACCUUCCAAAAACACGAGUUUUGUUACAGAUUGGCUUCAUUUUAUGAACUGGCAAUUCCUGAGCUGGAAUCUGCAAUCAAGAAGAGGCAUUAUGAAGAUAACAGUGUUUUUGCUGAUUUGUGGAGGAGGAUUUCACACUCCAGAAAGAAGAUGAUAGAGGUUUUUCACAUCCUAGUAAACCAAGUCUGUCUGCAGCCCAUCCUAGAGAGCAGCUGUGAGAAUAUUCAGCCGUUUAUUGAGGAAUUUCUGCAGAUCUUCACCUCGGUGCUCCAGGAGAGGAGAUUUCUCCGUGACUACGACGAGCUGUUCCCCGUUGAGGAUGAUGUGAGUCUGCUCCAGCAGGCAUCCUCUGCACUAGAUGAGACCAGGACAGCCUACAUCCUCCAAGCAGUGGAAAGUGCCUGGGAAGGAGUAGACAGGAGAAAAGGACAAGCUGUUAAAGCUCCAGCAGCAUCCAACAGGGCUUCAGCCAUAGUGGAGAGCAGCCCUGAGGACAGGGAGGAUGCGGGGGCUGCGUGUGCCCUGGAGGAUGAGUGUGCCGGCGCUGCGGCCGCGCCCGUCGCCGCCGUGUCCGGCGUGGAGCUGGACUCCCUCAUCUCCCAAGUGAAGGAUCUGCUGCCAGAUCUUGGAGAGGGAUUCAUCCUGGCCUGCCUGGAGGAGUAUGGAUACGACACAGAGCAGGUGAUCAACAACAUCCUGGAGGAGAAGCUGGUGCCAUACCUGGAUAAGCUGGACCGAAGGAUGCAAAGGCAGCUGAAGCCAGACCCUACCCCUCUGGUCAGCUCUCGCUGUAACGUUUUCCAGAAUGAUGAGUUUGAUGUUUUCAGCAGGGAUGCAGUGGAUGUGUCUCGGAUCCAGAAAGGCAAGAGGAGGGAGAAGGACACGACGCGGAGCCUGGUGAACGACAAGCGGCUGGUGGCGGAGCAGCGGCAGCGCUACAGCCAGUACAGCGUGGUGCUGGAGGAGCUGCCCCUGCCGCCCGCCGCCGCCCUGGGCUUUGGCGACUACGAGGACGAGUACGACGACACCUACGAUGGGAACCAAGUGGGCGCUAACGACGCUGACUCGGAUGACGAGCUCAUCGCCAGGAGGCCAUUCACAAUUCCUCAGGUCUUGAGACCUAAAGGACAUGAAGAAGGACAGGAGACAGAGGAAGAAGAUGAAGAGGAGGAAGAGGAAGCUGAAAAGGAAAGAACAAAGGACCACUUUGUGCAGGACCCCGCAGUCCUGCGGGAGAGGGCCGAGGCCAGGCGCCAGGCGUUCCUCGCCAGGAAGGGGCACAAGCACGACGGCUCUGCCGUGGUUGGCAACGCCAAGGGCCACGGGCAGAGCCGGGAGACGCUGCAGGAGCGGAGGAAGAAGGAAGCCAACAAAAGCACCCGAGCCAACCACAACCGGCGGGCCAUGGCCGACAGGAAGCGCAGCAAGGGCAUGAUCCCGUCCUGAGCAGCUCCGGGGCGGGGCUGCUCCGGGCCGUGCCGGGCCCUGCCCAGGAGGAGGCUCCCGUUCCUGGCGUUCCCGUGCUGGGGGAUGGAUGUUGUGUGCAAUACCCGGCAGCUGGGCUCACCCGGAGCUGCAUUCCCUGGGGGAGUGCAGUUCCUGCCCUCUGUGUGUGCCAGUGGCUGCAGCCAAUACACGGGACAGGCUGCAGCAGCCAUUCCUGCCCUUUUGUACUAUUUAUAAUUCAGAGUUUUAUUUUCAUACUGGAGUGGGCAGCUCCGAGAGCGCGGCUUCCAUGGAAAUGCCUUAUCCUGAACUUGAGUUAUAAAUUAUCCCAGCUUGGAAGGGACCCACAGGAUCAUCCAGUCCCACUCCUGUCCCUGCCCAGACCCACACCAACCCCACCCUGUCCA